AUGACUGAUCCGUCAACUUAUAUGUAUGAUGUGGCACUGAUUAGGACCAAACAGCCCAUACCAUUGAACGGUAUAAACAUACAGGCAGUAUGUUUGCCAACUGUCCUGGAGGAUAGACUAGCAGUUAAUAGUUUACUUGAACAGGCAGGUUGGGGUAAAACUACUACUAGAACAUUAAGUGAUCAAUUGGAUGAGCAAGCUAAAUCAAAAUUAUCAAAAGAUGAACGUAAAGACUUUAGGCCAGUAGAUUGGAUACCCGAUCGGUUACGUUGGGCCAGUUACUAUGGUAUAGGUGCCGAUAAGUGUAGCCAGAUGAUCCGACAGCACCGGUAUAUUGAUGUAUCGGUGGAUGCUAAUAAUACUAAUCGUACUAUUCAAAAAGUAGCCAGCAUUAACCAGACAAAUUUAUUUACAAAAAUUUACGAUGAUAAUUUAUGUUUGCUAUCAAGUGUGCCACCUGGCGGUCCCUUAGAUGCGCUCAGUUCAUCCUAUAAUGCAUAUCAAUGUGACAGUGGUUCGGGUGUAUAUAAAAAAGUUGGUCACCGUAUCUAUUGUGUUGGUAUAAUUAGUCGUGGACUAUUAGAUACAGAUAAUUUACCAUUGACAAUUACAGUUAGGGGUAUUUAG